AUGGCGUGUUGCAGCAUUCUCAUCAUCAUCAUCAGGGUUAAGCUUCUAAAUACUAACUUUUCUGAGCAAGUAGUUGAAAGCUUUCCAUCUGAUAUCUCUACUGGUAUAUACUAUGGAUGGGCCUGUGUUGGAAAUGGAGAUGUGCAUAAAAUGGUUUUGAGCAUAGGAUGGAAUCCUUUCUAUAAGAAUAUUAAGAAAUCAGUGGAAACACACAUUAUCCACACCUUCAAAGAAGACUUUUAUGGAGAAAUUCUUAGUAUAGUCAUAAUAGGAUAUAUUCGACCGGAAAAAAACUUUGAUUCCUUAGAGGCACUCAUUUCAGCAAUUCAGGAAGAUAUUGAAGAAGCGAAGAGACAGCUAGAUUUACCAGAGCAUCUUAAACUCAAAGAAGAUAACUUCUUUCAUCUGCCAGAAAGCAAAAUAGUGAACAACCAUUGA